GUUUUGAUUGUAUUGAAAAGAUUCUCUCUAAUUUAAUCGACAAAAAAAAAGGCUUCACAUUUCGCAACAGAACGGAUAUUCAAAAUGGUCCUGGGACGCACUAUAGGUGGACUCUCAUUAUCUUCAGUGGGAUUUAUCAGCCUUCUGAUUGGAGUAAUGUUAUCGAUAAAUGCCUUGAGUGCAGAAUGCAAAAAGGAGCUUCCUUAUCAUGCUCCCUUUCCACAGCAGGUGAAGGAUGCCAUCAGUUGCGAUGUGUGCACUCACGCCCUGGCGAACCUUGCGAUUCAAGUUCAAGCAGUACGCGAAGAAAAGGAAUCAAAAUCCCUCAAGCUGAACGAGGAAGAUGUUCUCGAGAUCAUGGAUGAGCUUUGCACACCCUUCACGACGAGGGGCGAGUGGAUACGUCGCAUUGUCCUGAAAAUACCCCUUUCCCCUACGACUACGACAAAUGCGAGCAGUGGUAUCGAGAGUAGGGGUUACAUAGAUGUAUUGGACUUCUUUGCAGUCUGUAAGCGCACCUGCCGUUCGGUUGAAGAGGCUUGUCAAGCACUUAUGGAUAAUGAAGGAAUGGAUCAUCUCAGUUCCAUUAUUCUUGCAAAUGCCAAGAAAUUCGACAACAUCGCCGACUUGAAACUGGUCAAUAAGAUGGCUCGUGAGAUCUGCCAACCUUUGGAUUUUUGUAUGGCCCAUAUGAAGUACAAGGAGAAACUUGAGCACGACUUGAACAAGCCAACACCAGAUGGCUCUUUGCUCGAACAAAUUUUGUCAGACAAGGCAGAGGAAAUUACGGAAGAUGAUCUAAGACUGGAGCGUACGAUAUAUUCCUCACGUGACGAUGCGGAAGAGGAGCCCGAUAUAUUCAGUAAGGAAGAUAUGCAAAAACUUGUCGAGGCUUUCAAGACUCGCAACCCAGAUAUGGCGAAGGAGGUGGAUCCGAAAGCGGCAGAUCUGAAUAAGGAAGAAUUUGAGGAGCUUCAUCGUGUCGCGAAUGAGGAGCAUGGCGACAUGUAGCAAUAUAACGGGAGAAGUGGUAUGAAAUGAGAAGCUACGAUAAAGUGUUCCUAUUUUUAUGCAUUCAUAAACGACACAAUAUUGUGCUAAAUAUCGUAUUGACACUAUCA